GACCGGGGCCGCGGCGCCUUGAGGGGCCCCGGCGGGCCCCGGCGGGCCAGCGCCAUGGGCCACAUGUGCACCAGGCCGCAUUACCAGGGCGGUGCGCCGCCCUACGCGGGGCCACGUCCCGGCCAGGCGCCGCCGGGCUCCCCAAGCCUCGCGGUGCCCGGCAGCUGGCCGCACUACAUGCCCCUGGGGCCGCAGCCUGGCAUGGCCUCCCCGUGGAAGGCAGGCCACUCGGCGCAGCUUGGGCCAGGCCCGAUGCAGCCCAUGGGGUACGCGUCCAACAUGGGCUCCGAGCCCGGGCAGCCCCUGCGGGGCCCCCUGGACGCCCAGCGGCACUGCUGGGGGCAGUGCUGCUGCUUCUGCUUGGGCUCUCUUGGGGCGGCGCUGGCGCUGCUGCUGUGGGUGCUGCUGCGCGUGGCUACCGCCGAGUGUACCCUGGAGGCCUUCGACGCCCACCUCGUGCUCCCGGAGGAACGCCCGGGCAGCGGGCGUGGGAGAAAGGUUCGACCGGGCCACCGCUCUCAACACCUUCGUGCAGGAGCUCAACCUGGACUUGCUGGGCGUGUGGUGGAUGGACGGCAAUCCGUUGACAGCGGAGCAGUUGGUGUCCUUCGCGGGUGCACGGGGGAGUUUGCCAUAUCCCACGACCGUGCCAGUGCCCUUCCUCAUCACGAGGAACAAAAAUUGCAUGAACAGAAGCUUUCGGAGCUCCGCGCGGAGUUCGGGAUCGGCGCCGGGACCCCCCUCCUUGGCGCGCGGAGGGGGCCAGCGCCGAUCCAAGGAAUCCGCAAGGAGCUCCGAAAGUGUAUGCUUAUGAUUCGUUGA